GCUAGUCAGUUUGCUAUAUAAUAUGACUAAAUCAUAGGCCAACAAAGUGAAUGCAUACGAAUUUAUUCGUUGAUUAAAGUUAAAGACAGCAUUAAACAGUCAUUAAAUAUUCGGUUAUGUGUACACACGUCUUUAGUCAUCAUACACGUGGUAUGAUGUUUUGUAGCCGCUAAUUGACAUGUACGUGAAGUUUCGUAAUCGAUCCGUUUCAGGCAAACGUUUUCAUCUCGAACGUAACAUCUUUGCUGGAUGGAUACGAGCUACCGUGCUGUGUAACCACGUGGCCUACAUGCAUUGAUUUGGGCCUUCAAAUCUGACUGUUGGGCCUUGCUUCCAGUUCCAGUAACGACUACGUGAAAGACUUGCGUAGUUUCAGUUCUAGUUAGGGUCUUUAAUGAUAUUUUCAAAGCUUUUAUUUAUUUUUGUGUCAGCUAGUAUGAUCUUCUUGUCUUUGUCGUCAUCGUGAAUGUUUCAGUGUCAGAGAAAAUUAUAGCGAAAGGCUAGAAGUAGUGGUGGUACGAAUUAUGAAGAAUUGUUUUUUUUUUUAAUUUAAUUGCACACGAAUAUUUUAUUUUUCCUAAAGAGAACAAUUAGAGCGAAUGUUUCAAAACGUAUUGAAAGUUGCUUUAUUACCGGAGAGUGAAAAAACGUUUAAAUAAAUUUCCCAUAAGGACGUAGAACAAAUGAUUCUUACACUAGUAUGAAUCUCAACUACUAUAUAGUUAGGUUUAAAUAAUUUGGCAUCUAUUGUUUGAAUCUUACAGUUGCAAAUUGCAAUAAAGCUUUACAUUUAAGUACUAGCUAGUGCAAAUGUAGAUCCUAUUUAUAACUAAGAUAUGGUUGGUGUUUGGCAUUUUAUAGCUCAAAAGAAUAUAGAAUAGGUUAGUUGGUUAUAUAUAAUUUGGUGAAUGCUCUCUAGUUCUUUAUAGUUAUAUAGUAUUGGAAAGGAUUAAUCUAAGAAAUAAUGGACUGCAACACUAUAGACUAUUAUUAUAGAGAGUAGGCCGGACCAUAAAAAAAUCAAAAGCAGAGUAAACCGGAACGAACCGGGGCCAACUGACAAGACUACUAUCUCUCCCCCCUCCACUUAAAUUAUUGAGUGAGCAGUGUAAGGAGGGGAAGAAAAACAAUCUUGACUUUGUCUUUUCUCUCUCAUAGAAAGUGCUGGAAGAGAAGAGAAGAUGCCGAGGCCAGGGCCAAGACCGUACGACUGUAUCAGAAGAGCUUGGCAUAGUGACACACACCAACCCAUGAGGGGUUUGCUCAUCCAAGAGAUUUUCAGAAUUGUUUGUGAGAUUCACAGCCAAUCCACCAAGAAAAACACAGAGUGGCAAGAGAAGCUCCCUGUGGUUGUCUUGAGAGCUGAAGAAAUCAUGUAUUCCAAAGCCAAUUCUGAGGCUGAGUAUAUGGACUUGACUACCCUGUUAGACCGUGCAAACGACGCCAUUAACACCAUAAUCCGACUCGAUGAGACCACUGAAACUGGAGACUAUCUUCAGCCUUGUAUUGAAGCUGCUUUGCAUUUAGGCUGCACGCCAAGAAAAGCUUCAAGAAGCCAACGGAACAUAAACCCGAGAUGUUAUCUUAGCCAAGACUCAACUAAAUUGGAUAACAUUUUGUCUCCGCAAUACCAAGUCUUCAUGAAACCGAACAGCUUUGCUCCGAAGACUCUUCCGGUUAUGACUUUUCACAACGAUGUUCAGGUCAAGAAAUGCCCUUUCUCCAAGUACUCAAGCUACCCUUUAUGCUAUUCACUCAGAGUUCCUUCUUUGCCAGUCAAUGUCACUGACUCGUGCAAGUCCAACAAGAACAGCAGACUUGUAAGUGUGAAAGAUGCAACUAAUGGCAUUGCCUUUGGUGGUUGUGAUCUAUCUCUGCGCUUAGGCCCUCUUGGAGAUGAUACCAGAUCUCCUACUCAAAAACGGAGUAAGUUAAGCAGCAGCAACAACAACAACAAAAGCUGAAAAUUCAGAACAGAAAACGGGUUUUGACUACUUGUGUUAGAGAAUGCAUUAGUUAGCUGUUAGAGAAUGCAUUAGUUAGCUCUUUUAGUUCAUCUGUACGUUUUAGGUUUCUUUAAAUGUAAAUAGAGAGUCAUGAUGAAGGAAACGGAGCAGUCUUCACUUCUUGUCUUGCAUCAAUCUAGAAUCUUCAAACUUCAUCUACGUUAAUAGCAAGAUUUUGAAAAAUGACAAGUCUAAACAUGUGCUUUCACAACAAUACAAAAAAUUAUUAUAAGAUCUUAUGAAAA